UGCAUAAGCUUCUGUUUUCUUGUAAACUUAAUAAAAAGCGAGACGAGUUUACACGAUCCCUUAUCAGAUAGAGAAAAAGUAUACUAAAUGCCCGAGUCACCCAAACUCUUAUCCAACUCGACUCUCCGCGGUCCAGUUCGAAUUACCCUUUCUUUUAAAUUAGUUGAUUAUGUAAUUAGUUUUCUGCAGUGAAAAGUUCGCUUCGAGGUGUAGUAAAAUAUAGCAUGAAAUAAACACAGUAGGAGCUGGACACAUUCAGAACUAAAUAGAGGGUUAUGAGUUAUGGAAUUUAAUUCUGUCAAUUCAUUUAGAAAAAUUUUCUUGGAACGUAACACCAAUUGCGUACUCUUUACCAUCAAACUAUUUUUUACGACCUCGUACCAGAUUAUGCCUGUACAAAAGGUUCGAAUUGGUCCGAUGCAUAUUUUACAAUUCCCCCAUCGAUUAAAUAUAAACAGGUCAUAGUCUCGUCGGAAGCAAAAUUACAGAUAUUAUUCAGCCAAUCCACAAUCAAAGAGUACACAGACUAUAACUCACGGAAAUUUUCAAAUAAUCGAUUAAAACAACUUUCAUCUGUGUCUUAGAACAAAGAUCGCUAAGGCGCUUAGAAAAAAUCGCUUGGUCCAGAAUUUUACUUCUGCGCUUUCAACAUCAAGCACAGGGAAUUGAAUAUUCUCCUUAUCGAAGUUCUCUCAGGCGACUUCGCUAAGUACAUUCUCGGAUGUAGAAAAGAGAAAAAAGAUGGUAACUACAUCAAGGGAUAACAUGCGAUAUUAUUAGUCAACUAGGACUACAAAUUGUUCUGUUUCCCGACUGUUUUUAGUAUCCUGGAAACACAGAAUACAGAUUGGAUGUUUUCCUGAAAACUAAAUAAAUACUUCAUGUAAUGCGAAGACUUUUAAAAUGUGAUUGCUUUUGAUUUGUAUUUUUCUUAGCAAAGAAUAGUUUUGCGCAGAUGUUUAUUUACUGGACUAAAAAUCAUUGUUGUGCGAAGAAAAAAUGUAACUUAGGUCGUGCAGUCAUCUUCACGUCUGGCUGUAUCGAGUUGCCGCUCGACAGCCAUUCCUUGCGAGAUAAAAUUCUCACAUUGAUAGUUUUAAAGGAAAACUACAUGUGAAUGUAAGGUCGCUAGGACCAAGUAUAUACUCUUAUGUACAUUGUACUCACAUACUAUUCCUAAGCCUUAAGGCGGUAUGCACAAGAAAGUUCUUGUUUCCGAAACAGUGGUUUAAUGUUCAAGAGUGUAUAUAGAGCAACAGAAGGUGUUGUCGCCACCAGAACAAUCCACUGAAGAUGGUUUAAUUUUGACUGGAUUGUUGUGACUUCUCUCUUCUGCCACCACACAAAGCACCCGCAUACCAGUAUUGGUCUAAGAAUUGUUGUGUAGAUCCACUGAAUGUGCUUGGCUUUGAAUCCCCGUGCUUUGUCGAAAGUUCUGUAAAAUCGAUGUGAGCAAUGGAUGAAUUGAGUUUUGAGUCAAGAAUUACCCCAACAUGCUAAUUGAAGCGGGUGCUCGUCCAAGCUGUAUGCAGUGGUCGAUAAACGUUCUACUGAUUUGAGAAGGAAUGAGGUCAUAUUGGUCGAUCUAAAGCUCUUUAUCUCUUCAUAGGUAAUACGGCCACCUUUGGGAAUGAAUCUUGCAAUAUUCCCCGACACGCUUAUGGAAUGGAUUAUGUUGAAAGACUACUAAAACGAACUUUUAUCAAAAUAUGCUCGAAUAGUUCAUAUCUUCUUCUAAGUAGAGCUGGAAUGAUUCUAUCUGUUCCCGGAGAAGUGUAGGGAGCAAAACUUUCAAACGCCCAGUUGUUCGGUCCGAUAGUCACAAUUCUACGAGCAAUUGUCCAAGAAUCAGAACUACCUUGUUGAGUCGUGAGACAUUCGCGCAAGAGCUUUUCCAACCACUUCGCAUAGAUGAUCUAAAGGAAUUUCUGUAAGUUUUGCAGGUCGACACAAAUGCGUUCUACUCGUAUCGUGUAUGCGUCUGCAAGUCCAAGCUCUUCUAUAUAACUUUUUGAGUGUAGCAAGUUCGACAUUCCACAUCUAGAAGCACGCAUAACUCGAAGCGGUCGAAACGGUUGGUAUGCUGCUAGUAUAACUGAAAUCGGUUUUAUUCCAUGACCUGAUUCAAUCGUUGGAAAAUACUUAUGAAACCUAGUCGCCAAGCCUUCUUAGUAGAAGUUCCAAUUCGAUGAUUUGGUAUUACGAUAUGUGACGAUAUCUAGCGAGACGUUCGGAUGAUCAGACGAUGUAUUUAUGUUCGGAUAACGACGGUUUAAUCUCGUUUGGAAUGAGCCAGUUGACCACCUCAUGUGUAAUACCGUCAGAGCAAAGGGUUAUAUUUAAAAUCUCUACCCUGCCAGAUCGUGCAAAUGCUGGGCGAUUUCCUACAUUCAGUAUAUGUAGAUUUGUACUGUUUAAAUAUUCCAUCAAUUCAGUGUCUCUCAAAUUAAUAUCUGAGUAGAUUAUAUGGUGAGUAUUUUCAUCACCGCUGAUUAUGAGUGGAAACCCAUUUCUGUCACUGUAUGAUACAACUCUUUUGAAAUCAUCAGAAGGUGAUGAUUCAUUAUGCCGCAUUAUGCCUGUUUGUGUUGACAAUAGUCAUAUUGACUGUGAUAGCACACAUAUCGGCAGUGGUGAUAAGGUUGUAAAUAACACAUGCGUCAAUGGUUUUAUUCGCACGAUGCAUUUUACAUGGCUUUUGGAUGCCAUUUUCUUAAAAGCUACAAAGACGAAGUUAAGUUUCGGUUUUUAGGCGGAUUUUGUCCGUAGAAAGAUAAUAUACUGUUAUCAACUUCCUAAUGGAUCACAGUCGGCUUUACAAAUUUUAAUGAUUGAUCUGUUUAAAUUCUAUUUAUGAAUAUAAAUUUGAGUUGGAGCAUGUUUGUGCUAAUAGCUAGUGCUAUAAACUUUAUUGAGGUUUUAAAUUUCGUGAAAUAGGGUAAAGGCCGUAUUAGGGAGGGUACCGCACUAUUUCACUAAUCUUUCUGCAAUCGAUAGAAUUUGUAUAAAUUGACAUCAACAUCUUUGAGUAAAGCACAUUAUAUUUUACUCGGGGUGCCUGUUCAACCUAUUUUCAUUCAAAUUUCUAUCAUUCGUAGAUUCCUCAGAUAAUGUAGCCCAAUUUGAUGUAUAUUAGUCCAAUAUAUUAUCGAAAAAUCCGCGGUUCAUCCACUUUUUAGUGUAAUCUAAUCUGAAGCUGCCCUUAUUUAACAAAACGUUUUUACUUUCUCAACACCCCGGCGUUUUUAACCCUCAAAAAGGCAAGAUAAAAGUGUGACUUCAAGAAGUAUCGCUGAUAAGACCCAAUAAAAUCAAAUGUUUGUUUGUUGUCGUUUUAUCAGUGAGAGAAUCGAAAGCCCGAAAGCGCUCGAUCAGUUGUAUUUCAAAUUACAAGUUCAUUGAAAUUAGAGAACUGUAACGAGUCGGGCCUCUGAGACCCCUUGCCUUUUUUAGGGUUAAAGGGAAUUUUUUCGAUCGUUCGAAACAUCGGAUUUUUCGACAAAAUUUCGGACAUCAUAUUGCGUUAGUAUUGUCUGAGGAAUUCGAAAAUGAUAGAAUUUUGAAUAGAAAAAUGAGUUGCAAAAAUUUAUAAAAUUUCUUGAAAAAACUUAAUACAUUGAAGACCUGUUUUUAACUCUUGUGAAGGCAAGCUAAAAUCCCAACGCUAAAAGGCAAGCCGAUACCCCUUUACAGUAAAAGCAUGAAAAAUCCAAAGCAUAUUGAUCAAUUUUAUUCAGAAAUACAAACUUUUCGAGUGCAUGAAUUAUUUCUCUAUUCGAAUUUAUUGGGCAAUGUGGAAUAGAUUGUGAAAAAACAACAUAUAAGCGAAAACUGAAGGACUAGCAGAUUGUUUCAGAAUCUUUUAAAGGAUUCAAAAUUAAGCUUAUAUACGCAACUAAUUACAAUAGUUGCUAAUAAUAAAGUCCAAUUCUCAUAAAAAUACGAAUCUCCGAUGAAUACCAUUGAGCUAGAGUAAGCUAGAGUAAGCAAGCGCUAAAAUAUGUAAAUAAAUAAUUAUCACUUUUCGAAUAUGGCGAGCCAUAUCUUGAUUUACUACAGGCUGAAAAUGGAGAACUUUGUAUUCCGAAAAUGUUCGUUCACUCCUUUACCUGGCAAGAAAAAAUCAAUAUUAUGGCAAUUACAAACUAGUUCGGAUGCUUCUGAUUUACUCACAAGAAUUUUUAAGCUUGUAAGCAAAAAUAUAUGAAAUAUCGGCAAUAGAAACAAUAGAUUCAGUAAAACAUGUCAGUAUCAUCUUAUGUAGCUUAAAAAACUCACAUGUAUAGCUGAAGGUGAAAGGAUUAACAUUGCAGAAGACUGCAAAUUGAUCGACUUUGAGGUAAAAAGACACCAAUAUCAAUUCUUCAAAAGGGCUAAUGAGAUUUUUGUAAACAAACCUAUUUCACUCAUUAUUCCGCUAUCGAGUUGAAUUUCAUGAAAGAUACACAUGAAUUAACAUCUUUACCCUUGGUAGAAUCAAUUUCCAAUGUCUUCUAUGUUGAAAUCAUAACAAAUUAAGAGAAAUCAGCAAAACAAAAGUUUGUUCACAAAUCUUAUUAGCCCUAUUCAAAUGUUGAUAUGGAUAUUGUAAUAUAAUGUUAAAUGCUGCCUCUUUCUCGCACAUGCUUAGAAUAGGACAUUUUCAAAAAUUCUUCUUAUAUUCGAAGUUAAAUAACUUUGUCCGGCAAGUUUUGAGGUAUGCAGAGUAGCUGGGAUUUUUUUUCUGAAUUUUGAUUUCUUGUUUCCAAUUUCCCAUAAGUUUCUAUGGUCAAAUAUAGAAACUUCAAAACUCUUGUGAGUGAACUAGAGCUAUAGGAAAAAGCUCAUUAGUGGCAUAUGGUUUGUAGUGCUAACUAACACACACAAUAUUUGAAGCAUAUUAUAAUAUGUCGUGAAUAUUAAAACGGCCAAGCCUACUGUGCAGAGUUGGGUUUGAAGAUGUUUCAAUAUUAUACGGUAAUUGAAUUAUUCAUUUAAUGAAUAAUUCAACCAACGAAUCGUUUUGAAACUUGGAUGAGGAAGAAACGAGGACAACCGUACCGACCGUUUUAGUUUAUAGGAGGUUAGAAUGAAACGUUGGGAGUGACUUUGCUAAGAAGAUUAAUGUCACUCCUUUGGUCCUUUGGGAUGGGACAGAGGUAUUUACACCUUGCCCGGGCUCAUUAAGCCUAGGUUAAAGCGCCUUUACUCGCUCUCCGCCAAACUAAUGCUGACUUCGGUUCUAGAAACGAGUCGCUCUAGGCUCGCUCUUAUAUGUAUUAACAAGAUAGGCUCCCUUGCCUUUUGUGCAUGUAAAAACUUUAUACGAAUCUUUGAAGCACACCAUAUGUGAUAUUUUCGUAAUAUCUUACUUUUUCAAUGAAUUUUAGCGUCAGUUAUUGGAAUUUCAUGCCUAAGCUCUUACUGCAUACAUAACGUUUUGUAACUAAGAAAUCGAUAUCCGCCGGGUCUGGAAGACCCGCGUGCUUUUUUGAGGGUUAAUCAGCUCCUUGGUGUAUUUUCGGCUGGCAAAAUGUGAACAUCGCAAAUUUGGGAUAUAUAUUUAUCUUUUUUAUUACUAAAUCGAAGCUGUUAAUAUAUUCUUAUUUAGUCCCUAGACACAAUCUCAUAGCCUUUUCUGGUUAUUUAGUACAAAUUUCCACCAACCUUUGAAAACGCAAAGCAUUUUUUUUAAAUUUUGUGAAAAUUGUGACUUUUGCCAUGUUGUUUUCAAACAAGAUUGCGCAUUUAAGAGGAAUUUUAAAAAAUGUAUUUUUUUUUGUUUUUGCUUGUUUUGCAUCUUUAUGUUAAGAAAUGCAACCUCAAGAAAGGAUUUACACGAAUAUACUUUGUUUCGUCUGCUAGAGCCCAUUGAACAUAUUUUCAUAUGAGGCAGACAAUAUCGGGCCUUCUUCUUCUAGUUCUAGCUAUUUUCCGUAAGUCUGUUUCCGCUGCGGGGCUAAACACCGACGCCAGCGAGGUGGCCUCCCAUUAUCUGGACUAUGUAUCAACCCACCAAUUCAUGAACCGGGGAUUAACGGCUUUUCUUCCUUUCCGAAGGAAGUCGUGACGACAGAUUUUUUUCACCUCAGAAAAAUCUCAACGACCUCGGUUCGGAUUGAACCAAGGCCAACUGGGGUGAGUGGUGGUCACGCUUACCACUCAACCACCGGCGCCGUCUAGAAUCGGAUCAAAAAGCUGACAAAAUCUGGGGUUGACAAAAUCGGGGGGUCGAUAAAAUUGGGGGCUGACAAAUUCGGAGGUUGAUCAAAUCGGAUCUUCACCGUAUAGCCCUAGGCAUACCGUAAAGCGCGUCUCCUACUCUUAAUUAGUUUUGUUGCAGAUAUAACUUUUUUAUUUCAUUUUCAAGGUAAAAUUUAAAUAUUUUUCAAGGUGUUACAAACUAAAAAUAUAUACACGAUUUUAAACCUCUCCUAAAACCCUUUUAGAAAAAUUUAACGGAAGUUGAUAUCAAGUUAGACCCGAAUUAGAGUGAUUUCCCUGUUUUUCCGGAUAUAUUCUCAAUACCCGUUUUACCCAAAUAAGAAGCUGAUAUUAAGUCAAAGUCCAUUCCACGUAUGCAGAAACGAACGUUGAAACUUUCAUUGAAUUAGGAGCACAUCAAUGCGAGUAGCGACACACUAGCUGAUAGCAAAUUCGUAUUUGCUGGAACUGGACUAAAUUUUUAGUAUAACUAUUAGAUGGCCAAAAUGAUUUUUUUGUAAAAAUCAAUUCAUUAAAAAAGGGUAAUAGGAUGAUCUUUUCUACGCAGUUUUGAACAUUUCAAAGCUAACAUAUUUUGGAAUUUUCACAUUAUUGUAGAUGGCUGUUCGACUGAAGUGGACAAACAUCGCUUAAAGAAAACAUUGUUUAUAUUUAAAAUGACUACUAUGCACGAAAGCACUGUGAGAAUAUAAGCUUUUUCAGAACGCUUAUAGCAUUCUAUAGUUCCCUACAACAAGGUACGACGUUGUAUUCCGUGCACCACGUUUGACAUUAUUAUCGAUGAACCGCAGGGGCGACAAGUUUAAUUCAAUUAGAGACCGUGCCGAGCGCAGUGAAACGCAGGAAAAGACGCGUUCGACGUGCACGUAAUUGCUUCUCGAUUCACUUAAGAACAAACGACACCAUCCACGGCCCCGGUGCGCUGGUUUGCUCGGUCAGGCACACCUCUCUGAUGCCUGAUCUCGCCAGUUCAGUGGUGACCGCAGUGAUGCAAUGAUCGCAGAGUGGCAAUUUUUUCAUUAAUUUGUUAGUAAAAUUUCACACAACACACUUACCUCACAGCAAAAGCAGAAGUAAAGAAGGAUAGUUUUCUAUUAGUGUAAAGUGGAAUCUAGUUUUUGCGGCGUAAGUUCACGAAAACAUAAAAUGCGAAACGCAUUGAAGAGCAAGUGAUCGGUAAAUCAAAAAGCAUAAAGAACGUUGAACGAAAGUUAAUAUUUAAGUGUAGUUAGUGCAGAGGUCGAAGAAAAAUCUUACUAUGCGAAAGAUUCUCCUUAAAAGCCACAUUUAUGUGAUAUUCUUUGUCACGAUGCCACUCAUAAUACCAAAUCGUUAUUGGCGUGACUGGAACUCGGUCAUGGCUGAGGAACAGCAAAACGCUGUCGAAGAAUAUGCUGACGACGAUGACCGUUUCUGCAGGAAUGUUGAUAUUCGGAAUAAUCUGCUGCGGUUGAAUAACAUAAAAAACUGUACGGUCAUUACCGGCUUUUUGCAGCUAGUGUUGAUUGAACGCAUCCCGCCGCAAGAGUUUGCCAAGUUUCAGUUCCCAAAUCUAAGAGAAGUGACUGGAUUUGUUCUAUUCUUCCGAGUGUUCAAUCUCAUCUCGUUGCGGGAUCUGUUUCCAAAUUUGAUGGUAAUUCGCGGCCAGGAGCUGAUCGGAAAUUACGCAUUGAUAUUCUACGAUUUACCACAACUGCAAGAGAUUGGUUUGAAAAGUUUGAUUGCCAUACAGCGAGGUUUCGUUUACACACAGUACUGUCCAUUGCUCUGUCAUACAGAUACGAUAGAUUGGAUGAGCAUAACACACAUGUCGAACAAGACGCGCGACCAGAACCGUUUCGACAAACCGGCUGCUGUAUGCAAUAAGGCCGAAGUGUGCCGAGGAUGCCCUCGAAAGUUUUGUUGGGGUAGUCAGAGUUGUCAAAAGUAUCACACGGGUUACGAUUUCACAGGUACCAUCAAAUGUGACGCCCAAUGCAUUGGAGGUUGUACCAGUAGAAAGGACACUGGCUGUCGAGUAUGUCGCGGUCCAAAGGAUGGGAAACGAUGCGUGGAAAAGUGCACUCGAGGGAAAGUGCUGUUCCACGAAACACAACGUUGCAUCACUAAGCAGAAAUGUGUCGAGCGCGGCGGGCUGGAGUACAAUGGGGAGUGUGUGGCUGAGUGUCCGGCCGGAUACAGUGCGACUAAUGUGAACCAGGCGGAUGUAGACUUCUCGAACCACACAUGCUACCCAUGUCGGGAUCGUUGUCCCAAAAUUUGCGAAGGUAUGCAAGUAAUGUAUCUCUCAGAUGCCGAGCGGUUGGAGGGGUGUACGAUAAUCAACGGGACACUGCAGAUACGAAUGGUCGAAGAUCAUCCGAAUCUGAUGGGUGAGCUGAGGAUGAAACUGGGUAGUAUAGAGGAAAUUAUCGGUUAUUUGAAGGUUUACCGUUCUAAUGCUUUGCCGUCUUUGGAAUUUUUGGAAAAUCUCGAAACUAUUCACGGCCAAUUGGAGCUAGGACAUGGAAAUUAUUCAUUGAUGGUUUAUGAAAAUUCAAAUCUACAGAGAUUGUGGAAUUAUGAGUACAAAACGUCGUUGAAAUUGUUGAGCGGUAGUAUGUAUUUUGUAUACAAUCCGUUGCUUUGUGUUGCUCAAAUAGAACUGUUGCAAAAGAUUACAUCCUAUAACAAUACAAAUGACUUGGUUAACAUCGAUUCAAAUGGCUUCAUGCAAUCUUGUAAUGUUGUUAGUAUUACGGUUAAGUCAGAAGUGCUGUCUAGCAGAAAUGCAACAAUUUACUGGACCAAAUAUAACACCGCUCCUCAGCAGCAACUAGUGGGAUACGUUAUUUACUUCACUCCGUCGGAAAAGGAAAGAUCUCCGUAUGACGGCAGGGAUGUCUGUUCUGAGUAUAGUUGGCAGUCUAAGUUGGUUCGACUGAGAGAAACGAAGUUUGAAGCUAAUAUGCUUUCAUAUAAUUUAACUGGGCUGAAACCACUUACCAGAUAUGCUUACUAUAUAAAAACAUACGUUGCAGACAACAGUCAUAAUAUUACAGAAAGACGUAUAGGAAAAUCUGAUGUUCACUACUUCAUGACAAAAAUCGCCAAACCAACUCCUCCGUUGAAGGUGUACACUAUUAGAAAAACAGAUCAUUCGAUAACAUUUGCCUGGAAGAUUUUGAAAGCGGAGAUCAACCUUGUGCUACGACUUCACGUGGACGUUUUUAUCCAGCCGGAUGAUCAUCAUAUAUUGGAUCAACGCGAUUAUUGCAUCUAUCCUCGGACCGUAGAGGAUAGGUUUCAAUAUGGUGAAACGUGUAGUGCCGAAAUAUGUUGUUCAGAAGAUGAAGUUCUUUCAGACGUUCCCGAUAUCUCUGAUACAGAAAGUGAUAUAUUUGAACGACGCAAACGUUCUCUGACUGAGACUCCGAUAGGAGCCGAUACCGAAGAUCAUAUUUCAGAUAAUUUUCAAGCGAAAAUGUUCUUUCUUACCGAUACUACUUCUUCCAAUCCAACUAUUUCUAAACGUCGUCGAAAACGUGAAACCGAGGAUCUAAGAAAUCGCGUUUAUUUCCACAAUUUUCACGCCGAUAACAAAGAAUUCACCGUUUCAAAUUUACUACCGUACACUUACUAUACAUUCCAACUAUUCGCUUGCAGUGCCAAGGAGUUCGCUUACUGCAGCCCAUACAGUAUAUAUUCCGAUCGAACAGAACCUUCAGUAACUGCCGGUCAAUUAAGCGUAGUCGUUAGUAAACAGUUGAAUAGUGCCUCCUCAAGAGAUCCAAAUUCAAUCACUAUCAGUUUUCGAGAGCCGGAAACAGUGAACGGAGCUACCGUAGCCUUUAACGUUGAAAUUAAAUCUUUCAACAUACCAAUCCCAUUUUUUCGCCAUGAUUGCGUCACUAGGUUGCAACACGAACGGGCAGGUUAUAGGUACGUUUUUCACAACUUAUCGGUAGGAGAAUAUGCCGUAAGAGCCCAAGUGGUUUCACUGGCCGGUCCCGGGCCGUUCAGCGAUUGGUAUUUUGCACAGGUUGCACCAAGAGAAGAACGGACAGAGGAUAAUUCGCUGCGUAAUGGUUUCAUAAUAUUUGCGGUGCUGCUCAGUUUCACUGCGACUGCGAUCAUGUCCUAUGUUCUGUAUCACAAAUUUAAAAUCCACCAAGACGAUACGAUACCGCUGGUCGAAAACGAUGAAAAUGCAUUAGAAGUUGAGGAGGGUUUCGUCGAUUGUGCACUUCGGUAACUAGAUGGGAAGAGAGCCGCUAUUUUUUCUGUAUCGAAACCGUCCAGUAGCCCAGUCGUAGUUUUAGUAUUAGGGGCCAUGCAUAAAUGACGGAGCAUUUUGGGGGGUAGGGAGGGUAUACCAAAUUUGUGACGAAGUGUGACGAGGGGGAGGGUAGGGUCAAAAGUUGUGCGACGUAGCAUUAAGUUUAAGACCCAUUGUUUACAGACAACAAUUUAAUGAUACUCCAUUCCCAAGAGAAAUAAAUUUGAAUUCAUGCGGUUUUUCAUGAGGUAAAUUCGGUUGAUGCGGUUUUUCAUGAGGUAAAUUCGCGGAAUUACAAGUUCGUAAAAAAACGAAAUGAUUUUGUAUGCGGAUUUAACUUGCUACAUUAGUUAGCUAAUGUUGCUAACUAGUAGACUUAGUUUGGAAGCUGAAUUAAAUUUUGACUUCGGAUUCAACUAAACAAAAUUUUGGUAAUUUAGAUGAACGUAUGCUUCUCAGAAUCAUUGGCAGCUGCAGGAUUGUGAACUGAGAGAACUUCUCUGCAUACUCCCCUUGACAUAUAAAAUUCAAAACAAAACUAUGAACACUAUAUUUGUCAUGAAAUGGCCUUAUUUUGCACGCAAUUUGCUGUUAUAAUGAAAAUAUUGAUAAAAGUCGUCAAACAUUUUAAAAGGACAUGUAUUUAAAAUAAUGGAAAAACAUAUAUAUUUUCAUCCCCGGCCGCUUUGCAUGGGACUAGGGGGAGGGGGUAGGUAAAUGCUACGUUAUUUACGAGGGAGAGGUUAGAAUUUUGUGACCAAAUG